CAGUUCACUUUUUUGUUACGUUGCAGACCUUGCACUUGUGUCUGCAAUCUGCAUUGCUUUGCAUGGUUGCAAGGUGCCUAUCGGAAUUUCGGAAGAAAGAAGCAUGUGAACGUGCUAGCGGAUGACAGAAGCAUCAAUGGACGUAGUUUUAGGUGUUAGUUUUAGCGCAGGCCGUCCUUGUGACGUGUGCUUAACCGCUCGUCUGCGAUGAAAAAGACGCUCAACAGCAGCGCGGGACAUUCAAACUACUCGUAAUGAUCACGAAACCGAACACUUUAUUUGAUAUCGUACAAGAAUUUUUGACUAGUCACCUCGCCAGCAUUGAGUCGCUCGAUAAUGUCCCAGAAUUAGUAGGCGAACAACUGUUCAAACGAGCCAUCCAAAAUAAGGCCUUUCAACAUUAUGAACAGGCUGAGAGAUGCUUGCAGAUUUUCUUAUCUGCCUACAAAGGAACCGUAUUAUCAUCAGUUUGUCUUCGGGAUAGUUUAAGACUGAUAAACGAGUACACUGACCCCAUUGUCGGGAUGUGUAAAUACCUGGUUCACCUUGAUCUCUCAUACUGUCACCUAGGAGAUGACCACGAAAUAAUCUUGGCGUUAUCACAACUAGCAGACUUAAAGACAUUGAAGCUGAGGGAUGUCAACCUAAGCGAUGCUGGCAUGCGCAAGUUGACGUUACCAACUCGAAUGUUCGGGAAGGGCCCGGUGAACCUGCAGACGCUUAUACUGUCAGAUAACGGUGGCAUCACGGACAAGUCGCUCCACUCUCUAUCUUGCUACCGCAUGCUGACUACGGUAGAUUUGAGCAAUACAAGUGCUACACGCAGAGGAGCGGUGGAAUUGGGACAGAAAAUGGGCUUGCACCUGUCGUCUGCUCCGCACAAAUGCCAGGUGACAAACGACGGCUGGGCCGUUCCUAUAUUGUCACAAUGGCAGGAACAAAUGGAGGAGGCGGCCGCCCAGAGGAAGCGGAAACGUCAGCUGGACAGUCCUACAAAAACCGGUUUAUUUUCGUACAAGAAGCGGGUCUGCUUAUGGCAGCUGUCGCCCAGAAAGUCUCCCGGAUCUGAGUCUGGAUCACUGGUUCUUCGAGACGUUCCUGAUCCACACGUACCUGUUUCUCCUCCGUCCGCGGCUGCGAGGAAGCUUUUCUGAUUACUGCCAGCGUUCGGUGUCGUGUUCCGUCACUUUGAUACGUGGGAGACGCUGUAUAUGUUUCCAGUGACUUCAAAUUUUAAUUAUCGACCAUGCCAUUAUUUUUACUUGUCUGUCACAGUUGGUGAAUCAGAAUCUCAGACAACCAGCAGUGAUGAGUAGCAGAUAAAAAUGCCAUGGAAAGCUACACAGAUAACUUCACUAUCAGCAUGCGGUUGAUUUUAUACCCGGUCACUUCCUUUCAUCACUUUCAUCACUUAGGAUUAUGUUGUCAAGCAACACAUGUUGUAAGUCCAGGGUUAUAAAUUUCGAUGCUGUGAAAGGAUUUUUCUUGUCUUUGUCACAAAGUAAUAUCACUUUGUAGGAUUUGUCCAGGGGGUGUUCAUGAACACCCCAAAUGAUGUUGGCAGGGUUCUCCAUAGCUAUCCAGACAAACACAUUUUUUAUCAGACCUAUUCACAUUUUAGUUAUAGGACAACGUUCCGCUAUGUUAUUCGCAUUUACCAAGUUGAAACUUUUUUUUUUUUAUUCGAUGUAGGAUAUAAAUUUAUGAUAAGAAUCUUAUGAUAAGAGGAUAACUAGGACGACAAGUCGAAAGGCUUUGCACUAAUAUAUUACCCUUUGCUCAUUGCUUGUACUAAUACACGAUUAUUUAUUGAAGCUGUACAUACAUGUUAGGUAUAGCAUCUGUGUAUAAUUCAUAAAUACUUUGGUGAUGUGGAAAUAGUUAAAUAAAAAAUUUGAUACCUA